AUGAUGCUGAAGCGAAGGGUGACGAGGACAUUGUCCACCCGUUCCGUGGAGCCCCCAGUGGCGGAUGAGAAGGACGAAGCCGCCGGCUUCCUGAUGUCGUCUGCACACUCCCGCCUGGCCAAAGCGCUUACAGGAGGUGACGUUGACGGGGCUUCCAAGAAGCAGAAGAAGGGCAAGGAGGGGAUGGCGGAGCUGGCAUCCAUCUUUGGGCUCCCCAACAAAGAGUUCGUUCGUAGCUCGAAGCAGGCUCGUGCUGAGGAUCUUUCGGCCAAGCAGUUGGCGAUGGCAGUCACCAAUAUCGCUACUUGUGUAUGUUCUCAAGAUGUGAUGGAAAUCGGCGGGGACGCCGCUUCUAAGUUGAAUUUAUGUUAUGUCACGGGGCUUUGCCAAUUGGAGACAUUCGAUUUUGUUGAAUCGUGCACUGGACCAACUGGAGGGGAAGCACUGCUCUCCCAGAACAAGGACAGGUUCAAAAAGAUGAAGAACAAGGAGGGUGAAGGCGAUGCAAUCAAUCAGGCCAGAGCAGCGAGCAUGAGAUGGAAGAAACGACUGGCGAAUCUGACUCAGCUUGGCUGCCUGGCUACAGAUCUUUGUUUGGCAGCUUCGUGUGAAACCAAAUAA